UUGCAUUGAUUUUCUUGUCAAACCACAACAUAACUCUCGUGACUUGUACAAUACAAUUAUGCUUGCAGAAUGCACUCGUACAGAGGAAGGGUUUUUUUCUCUUGCUAUUACUGUUUGGUUGGGGGAGGGGUUUUAUAAACAGAGCAGACAGGAAGAGACCUGCGUGUUAACGUUUUGUAAAGAAGACGCGAGAGACCCCUGCUUUGCUGGGGCGCUACUCUGACAGUCAUUACAACGAGAGAAAUAAAACAAAAAACAUUCAAUAUCAAACCCUAGAGAAAUAUUUUCCACCGAACAAGAGCGACCCCCACCCCUCAAGAAACCAGGGUCAAAGUUCACAGGAAGCUGGGGGGCUGCCAUUUUUCCCCGCUGCUACUGCUAACGUUUAACGUUAGAUGCUAAAACGACGGGGAGGGGCGGUUGGUUUUGUAUUUUGUAGCUAACUGCUCGAGACAUUACACACGAAUCUGCUGUUUCUCCGACCGUUGACGCUAACAACCAUUGUUAUUGGAUGAAUUCGGCAUGGAGAAGGUAGCGGAGCCGUCUUGGACUUCUUCGUACACCUAUCAGGUGAGCAAGCACAGUGCGGAGAUGCUACACAACCUCAACGUUCAGAGGAAAGAUGGAGGCAGGUUCUGCGAUGUGAUCCUACGCGUCGGCGAGGAGAGCUUCCCGGCACACAAAGCUGUGUUAGCGGCGUGCAGCGAGUAUUUCGAGUCGGUGUUCAGUCGCCAGACGGAGGGCGAAGGCGACGCCAGAGAGCUGGAGAUGCACACAAUCAGCCCCAAAGUUUUUAAAGACGUUUUGGACUUCGCCUACACCUCCAGGAUCGUGGUGCGACUCGAGUGCUUCCCGGAGUUGAUGACAGCUGCCAAGUUCCUGCUGAUGCGGUCCGUUAUUGAGAUAUGUCAGGAGGUAAUCAAACAAUCAAACGUCCAGAUCAUGGUCCCCACGUCGCGGGGAGGAGACGCCAGCCUCUUCCAGGCCACAGCGGCCGCGGAGCUGGGUUUCCCGGUGGCGCAGCAGGAUCUGGUGAACGGCACGGGGCUGCUGGUGAACGGUCAAAGCUUUGCUAACAAUGCACAGAUGCAUGUGGACGGGAGUGAAGACCCCGGUAUUGUGUUAUUGGAGGACGGUGGCGAUCCUUCGAUGCCACUGUUGGAGCCUGUCGAAGGACUGUCCGUUUCCCCAUCAACGGAAAUACCGGGGAACACGUUUCAGCACGACGCUGCAUCCCCAGGGUCGAAAAGAAACCGGGGGCGAGCAAAGAAAGCUAGCGGGGUUAUGGAGGCUGUACACUUUAAUCACAGCACUCCGAAAGACAAUGGGCUGUUUCCAUGUGGGACAUGCGGUAAAGCGUUUACAGAGGCUUCCCGGUUAAAGAACCACGAAGCGCAACACGGAGCACACCUCGGUGUAAACAACAUCAGUGACAGCCUGUCAACAGCGGGCGGCAUUUCUUUAAUGUCUCCGUCUGCUCUGGAGGAAAACGGCGUGCAGUUACACGGAGGGCUGGACAACGGUCGAAAACGGGAGAGGACCAGGCGGCAUGUUGGCUGUGACAUUUGCGGUAAAGUUUUCCGCGACGUUUACCACCUGAACCGACACAAGCUCUCCCAUUCCGGGGAGAAGCCGUACGCAUGCCAUGUGUGCGGACUCCGGUUCAAACGUAAGGACAGGAUGUCAUACCAUGUUCGCUCCCAUGACGGCUCGGUCGGCAAACCUUAUGUGUGCCAAAGCUGUGGUAAAGGUUUUUCAAGACCAGACCACCUGAAUGGACAUAUCAAACAGGUUCACACAACAGAGAGACCCCACAAGUGCCAGAUUUGUAAUGCCUCUUUUGCUACAAGAGAUCGCCUCCGGUCACACCUUGCAUGCCAUGAGGACAAAAUCCCCUGCAAGGUUUGCGGCAAGUUUCUGCGUGCUGCCUACAUGACAGACCACCUCAAAAAACACAGCGAAGGGACGCAUAACUACUGUGGCAUUUGCAACAAAGGUUUCUCCACUGCGUCCUACCUUAAGGUGCAUAUAAAGACACACCAUGGCUCUCCACUGCCCCCCUCCGCCACAAUGCACAUCUUCCCUGAACCACGGGGGGAGCUGCAGAUGCACAACGGCACCCCUUACCACAUGGGACGCCAGUGCUCGGUGGAAGACCUGUGCGCCAGUCGCCAGCUGCUUCUCACCUCCACUGAGGCAGAGGGUCGCUUUCAUGGGCUCUCUGGACCCCCAGUGCUCCUGCUCCCCCAGCCUGGCCCUCUGCAGCCUGAGCUCAUGGGGAAGGCAGGUGGGGCUCCGUAUUUCUGGGAUUGUCGCUCUGGCGGGGUGCCUGGCUUCCCCGUCCAUGGGCCUGCUGCAGACGGGCAGGAAAACACUGGGAAGUGUCCUCAUCUGGAAUCAGAAGAAUCCGAUCCUUCAUUUGGGGAAUUGUCUAACGGUGACGAGCUUAAAUCUCCUCAGAAACCUGACGAGCCGGAGCUGGAGAUGCCCUCUUUGGCCUGUAAUGGGGCCUCUACCGGGGCCCUCAGCUCCCCCGAGGGAUCUAAAGCCAAGACGGACCCUGAGAAGAAGUUUAUCUGCAGCAUUUGCGGUCAGGCUUUCCGCACCAAGUCCUACCUCAACAAGCACCAGCACAGAGUUCACAAAGCCCAGAAGGCCCAGGGGACCUCAGGGCCAGCCUUAAAUGAGCUGGGCCCCUCCCUGACCUCUCCCUUCUCCCCCCAACAGAACAUGUCUCUGCUCGAGUCUUUUGGCUUUCAGAUAGUCCAGUCUGCUUUUGCCUCUUCUCUGGUGGAUGCUGAGGCGGGUCAGAGUGGAAUUGACUUUGGAACGAAGUGACUUAUUUGCUAACGUUCAUUUUAGGACAAAGAAGAUGCUCUGUAUUUGGGAAUAACUUUGCCUCAAGGUAACUCUUUCAGUUUGUUACGUCGCUUAAUGUGUAUCUUAUAUUUUUGUCACAGACUGCCAUACGAUUCCUACUUUUUCUACUUUUUCCAAGUAUGAAAAGUGUGUGCACGGUGUUUAAAACGUUCUUUUAAAAGAAAUGACAUGAAGGUUUUAUUUCCUUUAUCUGAUGUGGAUCUGUUGAAGUCAUGUUUGGUAUUCUUAUAUUUGUUUCUUCGCUGGUGUGUUAUUGAGCUUUCUUAGCUGCACAACAUUUACUUGACAUGAGAUGUUUUAUUUACUGCAAGCUUAAAACAAGUAAUUGUCUGUACGCCCACUUUAACUGCUCUGAUGUACUCGGUAAAUUGACCUUUGGCCCUUACAGUGAUUUUUAUGUUUCAUAAUAUUCCUCUUUCUCUUGAAGGCUGUAAACAGAUGUAUUUACCUCAGAUCAACCAGAGGGCUGAGUUAUGUAUCUAUGUUGUUCUCUACUUCUUUUAAGGAGGAUUGUGAUUUUAUUAAGGACAGGGAUUUAAUUGGUCCUCAAUUUUGGUGGCAUAUUUACUUUAAUCUAUUAACUUUUCCCAACAAAAAUCAUAACAGGCCCACGGCAUUUUUUAUGACACUUUUAUUCUAACCAACUCUCUUCAGCUUCAUUCCCGAAAGUUUCCGUUUGCUUGCCACACUUAAAUGAAUUACUAUUGAAAGGAUUACAGUUAAGAGCCGGAGAUAAAUGUACUUUUACUAGAAAUGCACAUGAUCAUGAUAACUCCUUCACGUUUUCUUUGUCUGUUUGCAUUGUUGGUUGCGCCGGUCGUCAGAAAUGAAUGCGACGUACCCUCUAGAAUGCCUGGUUAAAAAGCAGGAACGUGUCCGUCCUAAGAAGCACUUUUUAAUCACGUCCUAUUUGAACUCUUGCAGCACCCACACGAAGCUUAUAAUUUAUUGUUAAACCAAAAAAGUAUAAUAAAGCUUCCUCAUUGAAGAAAAUGAGAAACGAGUUAAUUAUCGAGCUAACAUCAUGAGAUUUUAAUAAAAAGCAAGAGCAAACCAACCCCUUGUACUGACAGAAAAUUGAAAUGCCUACGAAAUGCAAGGGGAACUAACUGAUUUUAAAGCUCUAAUAGCACCUCAUAUUUCUUUCUUUUAGUUUUUAUUUCUAUAUCCAAGUCUUUAAAAAAGCUGGUAGAAGCAUCUUUUUUCAUUAUUUGAAGCCUUUGGUGUUUCUAUUCACUAUUAACCUGAGCGAUUAUAAGUCUUAACCACAGAGCACAGUAUAUACCCUGAUGCCAUAGCUGAUCUGAAGAUAUCUCUAAUCUAAAUGAAUAAAAUCUGCUAGCAGCUUGAUAUCAAAAGCUCUUGGUACGUUUCUGAUUUGAACAUUUGAACAUUAUUUAUUUAAAAAAAGCUGGAGACAAAAGAUAAUGAAAUGAAUUUUCCAAGGAUAAAAUUGAUUUAAACCUGCAAAAUGUGUCUGGAAACAUGCCUUGCGCUUGUUAGGGAUGAGCUUUGUAUCCCCCCUACACUAACAAUGUUUUAACGCUGUGGUGAUUAGUCAUUGAUCAGCUGUGUACAUUCAACAGGGACCAAGGUCAGGUAUAUAUUUUCAGUAUAUAUUUUGAGAAAUGUAGAUUAUAUUUUAUUAACUUAUUCAUGCCCUGGUUUCGUGUACAGUUGUUUUUUUAUUGUCAAACUAAAAUCUUGUGAUUUGCUUGUUUUGAUAAUUUUUCACUCUAAAUUAUGUUAAAUAGAAAUGUGUGGUGAUGUGUGUUGUGCAACAGCUGGUAGGGUUAGGAGGAGCCUGAUCCACCAGCCUCUGGACCGACCAAACAAAAUGCUAGUUUUAUAGAGUCAUGUUAUUAAGCUCACUUUCUUUGUGCUCCUUCCUUUUCAUCGCCUGCACUACUUGUAUUGCUCACUCACAUCCUGUCAGAUACACUUGUGCUGUUAGAAGAUGACGAGUCUUGGGUUUGCGCUAAUGGCUACAUCCAAGCUAUCCAUUUUUUGUUGUCAAAUUGUGUUUCAUUCAAAAAUGUUGGACAAAGACAUUCCUGUAAUGAGGACAGACUAAAUUGGAUGGUUCCUCAAAUUGAAACGUCCCCUGUUUCUGGUUUGCUUUGUGUAAUUUGAAAUUUGACCCCACUGUAAAGAGGAUGUUUUUAGGCCGCUGAAUUAGUUUUGCAUCUUAAGAAGUCCGAUUGGAGGUUACUGAUAAGAAGAAACCAGGUCUGGCGAUCAAUUCCCUGUUAGUUAAUAUGAAUAUAGUUUUGGUUAAACAAUCAGAAUCGAAAUUGCAGACCCUUUUCAGACUCAUACUUCCUCUGUAUAUACUGAAACACAAAAUAAGCCAUCACGGUCCGAAAAUCUAAUCGGCGUCUUUUGUUAGAAGAGAUCCAAACGAAAAGGAUAAGAUUGAGGAAUACAAUGCAAUCAUCUUUUAUCUUAUUGACCUCUCACAGAAAUAACACAUCAGGUGAUUAACAUGUAUCCCAAAAGUCUGUUGUUUUUUUCUUAUGUUGAAAAAUCUGCAUUACGACGCAAAACCCAAUCCAACAGUGCAGUAGCUAGCAGUGUCUGUGUGUGGUUAGAAAAGAGUGUAUACAUGCGUGUCUUUUUCUGUGUUAUAUUCUGUGUUUCCUGCUUUGUUUAAUUAUUAUUUGUGCAUAAUUUAGCCUCUUAAAAUCCAGUACAUUCCUAUAUUAUUUAUGUUUUUUUUGUGAUUGUAACAAGUGUAUAUACCAUUCAUAUACACAUUCUAUAAAUAUAUAUAUAAAUAUAUAUGAACCAACCAAUAUGAGCAGUGUUUGUCAUGGUGGUCCUGUACAUAUAUAGAUUUUGUUUUUCUUGUCCAUCAUGUGGAGGGAUGUUAAGUUAUGGCCAUUUGAUUGAAAGUGUAAACUGCAUGUUCUGGCAUGCGAGCCGAGCUUCGGACUGAAUGUCGAUCACUGGUUGGUGGCAGCGAUGGUUUCCCUGCUCACCGCUCUGUCACUGGGCUCUGGUAGCGCUCACACUGCCAGUCGCACGAUUCAAGUCUCUGACCUAGUGUUUUUUCUCCUUUUUUUAUCCACUCUGCACUAGUAUUUACUCCUUUAAAAGGUGAUAAGGGUUGUUUUUAUUAUUGAUUAUUUGAAAAGAAGUGGAAGAUGCUGUAAGGAAAUAAUGUUCCUUUGUUUGUGUUCUCUACUGGGAUUGUAUGAUUUUUUUUUUUUGUUUCACUCAUGUUGGUACUCGAGUGUAAAAGGUGUUUUCAUUGAGUAUUUAGGCCUAAAUGUUUUUGCUUUUCUGCUUUUGGUCUGUUGCAAAGUGCCUUCCAAAUACUGAUUGUGCACAGCAGUGGAUUAAAAAAGGUCCUCUUUUCUAAAGGUUAGGAAUUGUACAGAGUGACUUGCAUUGACACUUUUGUAUAAAAACACACAGAAAAUGUACAAUAUGUUAACUUGGUAUUUUAUCAUCGUACUCAACAGGAUAGCUCUUAUGACGUGUGAGCUACUUGAUUUGUUAUUUGGACAUAUUUCAAUAUACGCAUAAUUUUCUAUAGAUAUUUGUUUUUGUACUCUGUUAUUGAGUCUCAUCUCUCUUGUUGGUACAGAGAUGAGCAACAAAUAAAUUGCAAUUGAAAAAGAGCCUAA